CUUUUUGUACGCCACGGCCUCUGUUGGCCAACGACUCAAUCCUGAUGCUUUGUGUUGUUCGAAAUAAUAACGGAUCGCGACGCAACGAUAACAUAGUCGGAAAGCAGUCCCGCAUCUGUCGCGAUCCAAAUCGUGCGCGAUUUGUCGUCGUCGUGAGUGCCAAAAGUGCCAAGGUAGCAGUGUGCAACCUUAGUGUGCGGCCCGUUGUCAAGUGUGCGUCGUCGUCGUCUUCGUCGCCACCACCACCACCGCCGCCGCCGUCGCCACCGCUGCUGCUGCUGCUCGGAUCCCUCGGCCACGGACGCUGGAUUUAUCAGGCGCGGCGUCGUCUUUCCCUAGGCACGUUUCCGGACUCUUCUCGCCACCCUCCAUCGCCGACUCUCGGGACACUGGAGUCUGCUAUCGGUUGGGUUGGUGGAGCAAGUCGCGGAAUAAUUCGGCACGACGACUCCGGCUUGCCUCGCCUCUUCAGCCCGUGCCGCCCCAUCUGCUGCGAGAGGAAAACAACCCCUUUCGCCACGCCGUUAUUAGACGACCGGUGGUGAAUAGUACGCAGCUGCAAUAAACGAAAUCACCGGCCCGGAGGAAACAAUAGCCGCCGCAGCGUAGGAGGAACACGAGGAGAGAGAGAUCAGAGGAACGGAUGACCACAGUGAGCGCGCGGUCGCGCGCCAAUUAAAAAGAUAUGGAUACGGUAAUUACGAGGCCGCGCCGGCGACUAGGGACACAAGGCAAUUGGGCGCGUUAAAUGUCCCCGCGGGGAUUCACGUUCCGGUCGAGGCACUCGCGAAUCUGGGAUGGCACCGAGCAGCAGCAGCAACAGCGAUAUCGGAUCAAGUUCGCUUAACAAGCCCUGUGUCGUCGCCGUUAUCGGUCGCGCAAGUAGAUAGAUUUGAAAUCGAGUGAACCGCGGGGGACAACAACACGGCGGCAACGAAGUUAGCACGGCGAAAUAAUCCGGCGCUAUUGGAUCGCGCGCGCGCGCGUCCCGUAUAUAAUGGAAGUACGUGAGGAGGCUGGAGCACGGUAGUGGACAUUCACCGCGCUUGUCGGGCUUGUCGUCGGUUUGCGCACGUUGCGACGAAGAAAUUGGAUUCGCAAUAUCGGGAUCCGACCGAGACGACGACGACGCUGUGUUCCGUGCGCAAGGCCGUAACGACAGUUCAUCAUCAGAGAGAGAGAGAGAGAGAGAGAGAGAGAGAGAGAGAGAGAGAGAGAGAGAG